AUGUCCCAAAGAGUGUACAUGUCUAAACGAAGACGAAGGGACUUGGAUUCAUCCAGUUCCAGCAAUAGUUCUGACUGUACAAAUGACAAAUCAUUAUGGGAAUUCUCCGGAGAUAAUUAUGAAUUCCUGAUGAAUGAUGACUUUAUGGAGCACUGCAAGCAUGAUUUGUCUACUAUGGAUAAUUCAGCACCGGUUGAUAAUUCACUUCAGUCUUGCAUUAGUCUCUUGAAGGACUUGAGUCAUUUGCUGCAUAAUAUACGCCAGCGAUCACAGUCCGAAGAGCCUGAGAAUUUUCGGAAAUAUUCAGAAACAAUUCUCACAAAUGAAAUCCAACAUUAUGAAAGAAGAAAAAAUAAAGUUGUUAACUCCAUACUAUCUGCUGUACGGGAUAAAUGUCAAGCCCUUCCAUCGUCGUCAUCAUCACCAUCAGAUGCACUGGAUUUUACAGCCACUACUAAUCUAAUUUCUGAUAAUGAAAUUGAUCAAAAUUCUAGUCAACUAUUACGUGCACUCGGUGAAUUCCAACUGGAAUGGGAAGCUAUUGUUCAUCAAAUUACACCAGUCAAUCCACUGACGAAUAAAACGAAAUUUGUUAAAGAUAUUGAGCAGGAUCUUCAAAAGAUUGAUGCAUGGUUGGAUAUGUUAGCUUCAAAUUUACCUAAUACAUCCGCUUGGAUGACAUGUCUUAUGUCAUUGUCUGAAGUUCAGAAAUUCUCUGCAGCUAAAUAUUAUCAGAUUUGUUUAAAACAAAUUGAACAGUAUUCAAAAACUUUAUCAACGAUAAAAGAAUUAGUCGAUCGUGUUGAUGUGCAUACAAUGAAUGCAGAUUUGUCCUUUCAAAAUACGCUGCAUCAUUUAUCAAAACAAUUUUGUCAGGCUGAAGCAAAAUGUCAUACUUUAUGGUUACGUUUAUUAGAGUUAACAAUUUAUAUUGAUCAAAAUCUUAAAAUUAAUAUCAGCACAACAUUGACAAAUAAUACUGAACAGCGUGAAGAAACGUUGAUCGAGAAUUCUUGGAAUAUACACUUGUUAGCAUUUACUUCUCAAGAGGUUAAACAUCAAAAUGAACAUGAAAGUGGCUUUGAAUCUGAACAGAGUCCACCAGUGAAAUCAUCUCUUCCCUAUGCAUGCAGUGAAACUGCUAUCAGUUCUACUAUUAAAACUCAUAAAGAUGAAAAACCACUGCUACAUAAAAAGAAUAGUCAUUCACUUCCAAACGAUUUCAAUGAAAUUACAAGAGAAAUGAUUACAAAUUCAUUGAGUAAUAAAAAUAAUAAUACUAAUGAAGAGACAAGGAAAUAUCCUGAGGUAAAUUCUCUUCACAAAACUGUCAAAAGUACAUCAACAUCCCCAAAAAAUAUCUACAAUGCCUACAAUUCGGAGCAUACAGUUUGUAAUGAUAAUAACAGUAAUAAUGAGAAUAUUGAUGUCAUAUCAUUACCCGAUCAAGACAAUUUAAAGCUGCUAACAAGAACAGAUGAAACAAUAUCAACAGAUGAAAAAAUUUUAUUCGAUAAUACUUCAAACAAUUCUGAUGGUUUAACAUCUCAAGGUGGUGAAAGUUUUCUUACAGAUUCAAAUAAUUCUACCGAUGCUGUGCUCAUCGUCAGUAAGCGUAAACAUGAUAAUGUCUAUGAAGGAAAGCAAACAUUCUCUGAGGAAGUGAACAAAAUAGAAGACCUAAAAUCAAAUCGUCAUGGAAUAAACAUUCAGAAGUGUUCUUCACUUCCUGUUAUUCUAUCACCAUCUAUAUCAUCUUUAUCAUCAUCGUCGUCAUCCUCGUUAUUAUCCAUGUUAUCCGGCGAAGAAUUUGAAAUUCUACCAACUUCAUUAUCAAUUAAAACAAAACCAUUACGUGUUAAACGUACAACAAGUGUUUCGUCAUUGUCAUUGGUUUAUAAAAGAAAAAAUAAUAAAUCAUUUAAUCGACACACUUACACUUAUAGUCAUAAUAAUGACAAUAACAUUGAAAAUUGUACAAAAAACACGAAUGAACAAAGGUCAUUUACGAAUAAAUAUAAAGCGCACAAUUUGUAUUGUUUAAAACGGCUAAGAAAUAGACAGUUAAAAAUCAAUUCAUCUAGGGAUUUCUCAUUGAAACAAAAAACGUUGAAAUGGAAGUCGAAAUCUUCAGAAAUUUUAAAACAAAAUCUGAUAAAACAACUUAAAACAACUCCUUCUUCUCAUAGAAAUUGUAAAAGUUCACUAUACUUGAAUAAAUCAUCACAGUCAAAUAGAAAUGUGUCAGUCAGACAUAGUAAAUCAGUGAAUGUGUAUAAUAAAUGCAUAGAAAGUAAUCCUGAUAAUGAAAUGAUCCAGUCAACUGAUUUCAACUCUGAUCCCAAUACAACAAGGAGUAAUCAUAGUUAUUACUGUAAGUCACCAUCGACAUCAUCACCAUCUCAAUCGUCAUCAUUACCUGAUGAUGCCAGUGAGCUGGAACAACGUCGAUGGAGAAUGCAAGUCAAGACAUAUUUAAAUGCAGCUGCUCAUGCAGAAC